AUGGAAAAGCUUAUUGCACUGGGCAAAGAGUUUGGCUUUGAAGGCAAAGAGCUAUUGGCUUUUGUGAAAGAACAACAAGACGAAGAGAAACGGCGAGUCGAUGAAGAGAGAGAGGAGAGACAGCGAGAACGUGAGAGCAAAAAGUUAGAGGCUGAGGAAAGAGAACGUAUACGGCUACGAGAACUGGACGAAAAGGAAAAGGAACGAGAAAUGGGAGAAAGAGAAAAAGAAGCUCAGAGGAGACACGAACUAGCAAUGAAAGAACUGGAAUUACAGAGCGCGAAUGUCGAGGUAAAUAGUGCUAGUAUUAAAUCGGCUGCUAAGUUACCUAAACUACCAACGUUUGUUGAUGGUAAAGAUGACUUGGACAGUUAUCUGCAAAGAUUCGAACGGUUCGCUAAGAACAAUAAUUGGGACCAAUCAACAUGGUCGACUUCGCUUAGUGCAUUGCUUACUGGUAGAGCUUUAGAUGUUUAUUCCAGACUAUCAGAGACAGCCGCAGUUGAUUACAAGCAGCUGAAAGAAGCCCUUUUGAAAAGGUAUGAACUUACUGAAAGUGGUUUUAGGAUGAGAUUCAGGGAGGGAAAGCCAGAGGAUGGGGAAAGCCCAGAACAGUUUGUGACGAGAUUAAAUAGAUAUCUCACCAGGUGGGUUGAGUUGUCUAAAACUGAGAAGACCUACGAAGGAAUUCGUGAUUUGUUCAUCAAAGAGCAGUUUAUACAUUCCUGUCCAGAAGAUCUAGCAAUUUAUUUAAGAGAGAGGAACCUUGAGAAUUUGGAGGAACUGACUAAAACAGCUGAGCAAUUUCUUGUUGCUCACGAGAAAAAACUAUCCAGUUCGUCAAAACCUCACAACAAAUCGAAGGUGUUGUCGAAGGGAAUGAGUUCGCCUGAUAGCAGUAAGGAAAGCACCCAUGAGAAGAGAAUUCAGUGUUUUAAUUGCAAGGGAUAUGGUCAUAAAGCUAGUGAAUGCCGCAAGCCUGCAAGACAAGAGCUUAGGGCUGAGAAACGAUGUUUCCUGUGUGACCGCAGUGGACAUUAUGCCAGAGAUUGUAAGGUUGCUGGGAGUAAGAACGGUCCCUUUAAAGCAGGUGCUGCUCAACACGAUAGUAGUGCGUUUAGUGGUGUCGGGCCCGAGCUUGAGUCCUGUAUCCAGAAUAAUGAAUUGUUAUUGGCUAACGGUACAAAGUUACCCAUUGUGAAGAGUGGUGGAUCUGUGACAGAGAGCCUGGGGAAGAACAAAAUGCCUGUUGUUAAAGGGCUGGUUGGCAAUACCGCGGUAGAUACCCUAAGGGAUACAGGGUGCAGCGGAGUGGUAGUUCGAAAGCAGUUCGUGAAGGAAGACCAGUAUACCGGCAAGUACUGUUAUAUACUCCUUAUUGAUAACACUGUUCGACAAGUCCCGAUAGUUAAGAUCCAAGUUGAUACCCCCUAUUUGAAGGGAGAAGUGGAAGCACAGUGUUUACCUGAUGCACUGUAUGAUCUCAUUAUUGGUAAUGUAAAGGGCGCCAGGGCCCCGGAUGACCCUGACCCCGAGUGGCAUGAAACUUGUGCUGUAACCACUAGGUCUCAAGCAAAGCGAAGUGAUAAACUUAAACCCCUAAAGACCCCAGAAGUUUCGAAUGGACUGUCAGUUGGUAAGGAAGACCUUCGCAAAAUGCAGGAGGAAGACCCCACACUAGAGAAAUACCGAAACGUGACUGACACUAAGACAAAGGGUGACCAAGAGAUAACCUUUAAAAUUAAGGGCGGAGUUUUGUAUCGGUCUUACAAGAGUUCCAAAGGGAAAACCCUCCAACAAGUAAUGGUUCCGCAACCCCUCCGUGAAAGAGUAAUGGGUGUCGCACAUAGUUCGAUUAUGGGUGGACAUAUGGGUAUCCAAAAAACCACUGAUAAAAUUACAAGUAACUUUUAUUGGCCUGGAAUCCAUGGUGACGUCACUCGAUUUUGUCGUUCUUGUGACAUUUGCCAAAAAACCAUACAGAAAGGGAAAGUCCCUAAAGUGCCUCUACAAAUGAUGCCAUUAAUUGACAUACCCUUCAAGAGAGUAGCAGUAGAUCUGGUCGGACCCAUCUACCCACCCAGUGAGCAAGGACAUCGUUAUAUCCUUACUCUUGUUGAUUAUACCACCCGUUACCCGGAUGCAGUUCCCUUGAAAUCAAUUAGUACGGAAGCAGUUGCUGAAGCCUUGGUAGAUAUGUACAGUAGACUCGGUGUUCCAGAGGAAGUUCUUAGCGACUUAGGAACUCAAUUUGUAUCUGAGUGUAUGCAGGAAGUGUCGAGAUUGCUAAGUAUCAAGCAACUGUCAACUACGCCUUACCACCCGAUGUGCAACGGUCUUGUUGAGAAGUUCAAUGGCAGUCUGAAGAAUAUGUUGAAGAAGUUAUGUAGCGAGCAACCAAAGCAGUGGCCCCGUUAUAUCAAUGCCCUGUUAUUCGCCUAUCGAGAAGUGCCACAAGGAUCCACUGGAUUCUCCCCAUUUGAACUGUUAUACGGCCGCACCGUACGAGGUCCAAUGAUGAUUUUGAAGCAGCUGUGGACCCGUGAAGUAGAAGAUCCAGAAGUGAAGACCAGCUACGAAUACGUGUUCGAUCUUCGAGAGAGACUAGAAGAGACCGUGAAGCUGGCACAAGAUGAACUGAAGAAGUCUCAAGUAAGAUAUCAGCGUUAUUACAAUCGAAAGGCUAAGUCACGAAGCCUCAAAAUUGGGAGCAAAGUUUUACUUCUAUUGCCGACUGACAAGAAUAAACUCUUGUUGCAGUGGAAAGGUCCUUUCGUCGUAGAGUCGAUUGUCGGAGUCAAUGAUUACGGGAUCAAGGUUGGUGAUAAAGUAAAAACAUUUCACGCGAACAUGUUGAAGGAAUACGUCGAGAGACAAACCACGCAAGUCAAAGAGCGGGAAGAAGCGUCGCCAAAGAAAUGUGAUCGCGAGAUUGAAGGCAGUUCAGUCCUUCACGUUGCUGCGGCGGCUGUGAUUGAGCAAAGCGAAAGUGGUCCAGAAGGAGCCGUCGACGAUGAGAGCCUGUUAGAGCUUGGUACCAUGCAACCCAAAGAGACUGUCAGGGAUGUGACAUUCGGUCAACAGCUGAACGACGAACAGAAGGUUCAACUACAAGAAGUAGUCAAACAGUACGAACAUAUCUUUACUGAUGUGCCCGGUAACGCUAAUAUUAUUGAGCAUGAAGUUAAACUUACAUCAGACGAGCCCAUCCGGUCGAAGCCGUAUACGAUUCCUUAUAACGUUAGAGAGUCAUUAAAGAAAGAUGUUCGAGAUAUGAUUAAGAUGGGUGUUAUCCGAGAAUCUAAAUCACCUUAUGCCUCACCAGUGGUAAUUGUACGGAAGAAAGAUGGCACUAACAGAGUUUGCGUCGACUUCCGAAAGUUGAAUCGUGUUACCGUGUUUGAUCCAACACCGAUGCCUACGGCAGAAGAGAUAUUCCAGAAAAUGUCGAAAGCGAAAUAUCUUACCAAAUUGGAUCUGAGCAAGGGCUAUUGGCAAAUCCCAGUAGCCACUGGGGAUAUUCCUAAAACAGCGUUCGUGACCCCCGACGGUUCGUAUGAAUUUGUCAGAAUGCCUUUCGGGAUGAUGAAUUCUGGCGCGACUCUGGUGCGAGGUAUUAGGAAGUUGUUGGAUGAUCUCGAUGAAGCUGACAGUUACAUCGAUGACAUUAUUAUCUACACGGAGACGUGGGAACAACAUCUCGUCGUGCUUGACGAAGUGUUCAGUAGACUUGCCAGCGCGGGUUUCACGGCGAGACCGACGAAAUGUGUCCUAGGAGCUGAAUGUAUCGAAGUGGUCGGUCACCGAAUAUCUGAUGGAGUCAAAGGGCUCCACGAAGACAACGUGAAGAAGAUUAGAGAUGCGAAGCGACCGAGAACGAAGAAAGAAGUUAAAGCAUUUCUUGGCCUUACUGGUUAUUACAGAGAGUUCAUCCCAAAUUACGCGGCGAAGGCGGUUCCGUUGUCAGACCUGACUAAGAAGGGACAACCAAACCAAGUCGUAUGGUCCGAUGCACAAGAAAAGGCCUACAGCGCACUGAAAACAGAGCUUACGAGUUCGCCGAUCCUCCGACUGCCUGAUAACACGAAACCAUUUACACUGAGAACUGAUGCAUCUGACACAGGACUCGGAGCGGUAUUAUUGCAGGAGCAUGAUGGUAAACUUUCGCCAGUUAGUUAUGCUAGCAGGAAACUAACGGAAAGCGAGAAGAAGUACAGUACGAUCGAGAGAGUGUCUCGCGGUAGUUUGGGCCGUCCGAAAGUUCUUGAUAUUCCUUUAUGGAACAGAGUUUACAUUGCAAACCGACCAUCAGCCUUUGGUCUAUUUGAAGACAGCGAAGUUUCUCAACGACAGAGUUAUGAGAUGGGCGAUGUUCUUGCAAAACUAUGGUAUUAA